AUGAAUACAUCUCGUCAUUACGAUCUUAGUGGUCAUAAUGUGGAGCCAUUGUUCUGUAAAGUGAAUUUAAUGAAGUCGCAGUCUUUUGGUAUGCUGCUCGAGGAUGAUCCAGUAGCACUAGUUGAAGCGCUGGAAACGAUAGCCGCAGAACAGCCAAUUGUUGCCCGCAGUAUUCCAAAGCACGCAAAAAUCACUAAAUGCGAGGAUCGAAGCAUGCGAAAUUGUCUUUUCGAUCAGGAGGUGUAUGACUCGAUGUUGUUCGAUUCUUUACGUGUAUGCGAUCUUCUCCAAUCGCAUUUAGACGAUUGUAUCAUUUCGGUUCGAGCAAAGAGUCCAGAAAAUUGUGCGGAUACCUCACAGGAUGGACGGGAUUCUGGACGAGGAGCGUCGUCACCGUCGUCAACAAUCUCAAGCAGCCCGGGAGUGAAACGACCGUUGAAGUCGUGUAUACGCGCAGAUCUCUGA